UCCUUUUCAGAAAUUCCUGGAAGUGGAGUUUGAGGUUAGCAGUGAUUCUUUCAUUGGCCGUUUUCAAUCAAAUGUUAAAUUACUGCCAUGAAAUGUUCUCUUCUUUAACACUGACGCUUGACCUGUGUGUGCUUUACGAUAUUAUAGGACUGUUCUACAUAAACUUUGUAACCAGCCACCUGACUAAAGAGGUACACAGACGUAUUAGGCAGAUACUGAUAAUUUGCCUCUUCUUAUAUUCAAAAGUCGUCUUUGAUUAUUUUUCCAAACUGCGUUGCAUUGGGUAAUGUUUCCAGACCCAAAUUCUCACAAGAUGAGCGGGGCAUCUUGCGUUGUAGUGUGCAAACAGCCUGAGACAAUAGUCAAAGGAUGGAUCUCACUGUGUUGCCAUAAAACUUUAUUUACAAAAGCAGGUGGUCCAAGCCCUGGACGUUAUGUUACUGACCCUUGAUUUAGAUGAUUGUAUGGCUUUUCUGCUCUAAUUUGGAGUUGGGCAACUAGAUCCCAUGGACUAAAUCUGGCCCUGUGACUGGUUUUGUUAAUAAAGUUUUAUUGGAACCUAGCCAGCCCUAUUUGUUUUUGUUUUGUUUUUCUGAUUUGGCUGCUUUUAAGCUACAGUGGUAGAGUUGAGCAAUUGCUGCAGAAGCCAUAUGCACUACAUUUUCCCUCUCUUAAUAUGGAAAUUAUGUAUGUUUUAAGAAACUAUUAGUUUUAUUCCUGACAUAGGGAUUACAAAUAACAUACAACCUUUAUUUGUCAAAGUAUUAUGGUAAUUAGUACUUUUUUACUCUUCUCUAUCUAUACAGAGAUCUUACGACACUUUUUCAUUUACCCACCUCCUAACUUAUAUGCUAUCAUGGUAGCUCUUUCUGUUUUUAACCUCUCUAUGUUUUUAAAACCUCCUGAGAUAUGAUCAUUAUUUUUCAUGUUGGUACUAAUUUAGACCUAACCUCUUAUUUACCAGUUUUGUUCCUCUCACUUCUUGCUCCUCUGAUUACAUUGGAGGGUCCUUUCCUUUUGCCUGAAGAACACUCGCAUUUGCUGUAAUACCAGUUUUCUGAUGAAGAAUUCUCUCUGGUUUUGCCUGAAAAUGUCUUUAUUUCAGUUUUAUUCCUAAAGGACAUUUUUGCUGAGUAUCCUGUAUAGGUUUAUACUUACAGUACUCUACAGAGUAUCAAGAAGUGGAUGGUAAUGAGAAAUUAAAUAAGGCAAUGCUUAUUAUUUGCUUAGUGUCAUGUUCCUCAAAUUGAAGUGUAUGCACCUUGAGAUGUAAAAAGACUUUGGAAGAGGUACAUGGACACACAUGGUCUAAAAGAAAAAUUGUGUCCAUCCUAACUCUCUUGAUGUCUUCUUUCCUAAAAUUGAUCUACCUGAGGAUUCCCCUGCCACUGGGGCAUCAUGCUCUGUUGGUUCUCCUUCCACGUUCCCUUUCACAGUCAUACGGAGAAACGUGUACUUCUCGCGUUCUGAAUGUUAUGUUUUAUCGGCUCAGAGGUAAAAUCUUCUGGAACACUUCAAAAAAAGGACAGGUAGAUCUUUGAGGGCCUUGAUUUAAGGUGAGUGCACAGCAACAGUGACAACAGCUGGGCCUAAAGAGAAUGUGUCACUCAGAGUAAUUUUCUCUUCAGCCCACAGGUGCUGGCUCCCCAGAAACAAGAGGGGUCAAAGGAAAGAAGGAGGAGGAGAUUCCAAGACUUCGGUAUCAUCGUUUCUGGGGACGCCCUUGGCUGGAGACUGAGAUUUUUUGUACAGAAAUUUAGAGCUGAUCCAGAAGAGCUGAAGACAGAGCCUCCCAGUUAGCAGCCAUUUCCCAAAAUCAGAAGAAAAUGAUCCAGGCCCAGAACAUCACUGCAUUAAACACGACCGUGUUGUGACAGGAAUCCCUGACAUUUGACGAUGUGGCCGUGAAGUUCACCUGGGAGGAGUGGCAGCUCCUGGACCCGGAUCAGAAGGACCUGUGCCAGGACGUGAUGUUGGAGAAUUACAGCAACCUGGUGUCACUGGGGUAUCAAGCCUGCAAACCAGAUGCGCUCUCCAAGUUGGAACGAGGAGAACUGUGGACAGUAGAAGAUGAAAUCCACGGUCAAACCCAUCCAGAAAUCAGGAAAGUUGGUCCUCUGCAGCAUCAGUUUCAAAAUCAAAGCAGUCGGAAGAGUAUGAAACAAUGCUGUGAACAUAAUAUGUUUGCAGAUAUUGUUGAUGAGAGCAAAAGUCAUUUCCUGUUAAAGCAAAAUUGUGAUAUGCUUGACUCAUGUGAAAAACCUUUAAAAUCAAAUUUAAGUUUCGAAAACCAGAACAGAAGCUGUAACUUACAGAACUCUGCUGAGUUUAAUGGAGAUAAGAAGUCACUUCUCUAUGCUAACCAUGAACAAUUUUAUACUGAAUUUAAAUUCCCUGUAAGUGCAAAACCCAUCAACAAUAAGUCCCAGGUCAUUAAGCAACAGAGAACUCACAACAUAGAGAAAGCCCAUGUAUGCAGUGACUGUGGGAAAGCCUUCAUCAAAAUGUCUCAGCUCAUUGAUCAUCAGAGAGUUCAUACUAGAGAGAAACCUCAUGGGUGCUGUAUGUGUGGGAAAGCCUUCUCCAGAAAGUCCAGGCUCACUGAACAUCAGCGAAUUCACGCAGGACUGAAACAUUAUGAAUGCACCGAAUGUGACAAAACCUUCCUCAAGAAAUCACAGUUUAAUAUACAUCAGAAAACUCACAUGGGAGAGAAACCUUAUGCAUGUAGUGAAUGUGGGAAAGCGUUCAUCAAAAAGUGUCGGCUCAUUUAUCAUCAGCGAACUCAUACAGGAGAGAAACCGCAUGGAUGCAGUCUAUGUGGGAAAGCCUUCUCUACAAAGUUUAGUCUGACUACACAUCAGAAAACUCAUACAGGAGAGAAACCUUAUACAUGCAGUGAAUGUGGAAAAGGCUUCAUUGAGAAGAGGCGUCUUAUUGCACAUCAUCGAACUCACACUGGUGAGAAACCCUUUAUUUGUAAUGAAUGUGGGAAAGGUUUCACGUUGAAGAACAGUCUUAUCACACAUCAGCAAACUCAUAUAGAAGAGAAAUUGUAUACUUGCAGUGAAUGUGGAAAAGGCUUUUCAAUGAAGCACUGUCUCAUUGUACAUCAGCGAACUCAUACUGGAGAGAAACCCUAUAUGUGCAAUGAAUGUGGAAAAGGCUUCACCUUGAAGAGCCCUCUCACCAGACAUCAGCGAACACAUACAGGAGAGAAACCCUAUGUAUGUAGUGUAUGUGGAAAAGGCUUCACCAUGAAGAGUGAUCUCAUUGUGCAUCAGCGAACACAUACUGCAGAGAAACCAUAUAUAUGCAAUGACUGUGGGAAAGGCUUCACGGUAAAGAGCCGCCUGAUUGUCCAUCAACGAACUCAUACAGGAGAGAAACCUUAUGUCUGUAGUGAAUGUGGGAAAGGCUUUCCAGCAAAGAUUCGGCUGAUUGGACAUCAAAGAACUCAUACGGGAGAGAAACCCUAUAUAUGCAGUGAAUGUGGAAAAGGCUUCACAGAGAAGAGCCAUCUCAAUGUACAUCGGCGCACCCAUACAGGAGAGAAACCCUAUAUAUGCAAUGAAUGUGGCAAAGGGUUAACUGGGAAAAGCAUGCUAAUUGCACAUCUGCGAACUCAUACUGGGGAGAAACCAUAUAUAUGCAAUGAGUGUGGAAAGGGCUUCACCAUGAAGAGUACUCUAGGUAUACAUCAGCAAACUCAUACUGGAGAGAAACCAUACAAAUGCAAUGAAUGUGGUAAAGCCUUUAGGAAGAAGACAUGCCUCAUACAACAUCAGAGAUUUCAGACAGGAAAGACUUCCUUUGCAUGUACUGAAUGUGGGAAAUUCUCUUUGCGCAAAAACGAUCUCAUUACCCAUCAGAGAAUUCACACAGGAGAGAAACCAUAUGAAUGCAGUGACUGUGGGAAAGCCUUCACUACAAAGUCAGGGCUCAAUGUUCAUCAGAGAAAACAUACAGGAGAGAGGCCCUAUGGAUGCAGUGAUUGUGGGAAAGCUUUUGCCCACUCGUCAAUCCUUGUUAAACAUAAGAGAAUUCACAGGUAGUCACUUUGGGAAAGCCUGUUGCCAGUUGUAGGCCCUCAAGAUAAUAGUAUGCAAUCAAGAAUAACUUAAUGCAAAGAAUGUGUUGGUGUGUUUAGUGAACAGUUACCUCAUGUUUUAUGUUGAAAAAAAUUACAAAACAACUCAAUCAACCUUGAUGAAGAUAUUUUAGAACAUAUGUCUAAAAAGUGUAUACUGAGAUAAAUCCUAUGAAUGUGAUGGACUAGGAAAGCCUUCAGUGGGGCAGUAGACUCUAUCAUAUGUUAUCAUAGAUCAUGAGUGAAUGAGUAUUUCUAACUGGUAGAGAUAUAAUUGUGGGAAAGCCUUUACCCAGAAGUAACACCUCAAUAAAUGUCAGUUCGCACUAGAGAAAUACUUUCCUUUGGCAAUGAAUAUGGCAGGGUUUACAGUAAUAUAUGUUGCCUCAUCAUUUGCCAGGAAAUCCAUACGGAAAUAACUUAUGAACACAUUCAAUGUAGUGGACUUUAGCAAAAUAUCAGACAACUUCAUGGAGGAAAGAUGUCUUGGGGAAAUGAUGAAUGAGAACAGUCUGUCACAAGUCUAAACAGAUAACACACCUCACAAGCAUUCGGGGACAGGAUACCUUCAACCAUAUUUCUAGUUGCCUUGUCAUUGAUUUUAUAAAUUUUAAAUAGUGGCAGUUACUCUCAUCAUGGAUUAAAUUUUAAUAUAUACAAUGCAGGAGUGUUCUAUGCCUGUUUCCUUAUAUUAACUUUUGGAUUUCUUUGGUUCCAAGUUUAAGUGUCAGAAUACUUAAAGUACUUCAAAAUGACACAAUAUAUUCAUUGCAGAAGUAUAACUCCACACAUUUGGAUGUGUUUAACCAAAUUUAUAAGCAGCAUAGCAUUAAGUGGCUUAUAAAAUUAAAAUAAAUAUGAUGUUUUGAUAACUUUAAAUUUUGAAAUAUGUUUAGAAUCACAAAAACUGAAAUAUUCCAGAGAUUCCUAAAUGCCCUUCAGCCAGCUACUCCCAAAGGUAAAACCUUAUGUAACCAUAGUUCAUUAUCAAAUAGAGGAAAGUGAAAUUAUUGAAAUGCUGUUAACUACAGGAUUUAUUUGGAUCGUACCAGUUUUUUUCUUUUUUUUUUAUAGAUUUUAUUUUAUUAAUAUUUUUCACCCCCAAAGCCCCAGUAGAUAGUUGUAUGUCAUAGCUGCACAUCCUUCUAGUUGCUGUAUGUGGGAUGCGGCCUCAGCAUGGCUGGAGAAGCGGUGCAUCGGUGUGCGCCCAGGAUCCAAACCCGGGCUGCCAAUAGCGGAGCGUGCACACUUAACCGCUAAGCCACGGGGCCGGCCCCUGGAUCGUACCAGUUUUAACAUGUGCUCAUUUUUAUUUGGUUUUUAUAUAUAGUAUUAGGAAACUAGCACAUAUGUAGGUUCAUGUAACCAACACCACAGUAAAAAUUCAGAAUGUUUUGUCAACACAAACUCCCUCAUGCUACCCCUUCAUAGUCACAUCCUUUCCCUGACCCUAACCCUUGGCAUCAUAGAUCUCUAUGUAUCUAUAAUUUUGUCAUUUAUAGAAUAUUAGAAAAAUGGAAUCAUUUAGCAUGUAUUCUUUUGAGAUUGGCUAUAUGACCUUGUGAGAUCAGUAGAAAAUAUAUAUAUUGGUCUAUGCCCCUGGUUCCUGGCACAGAGCUCCUGAAACCCUUGUAAUUUCCUAAGUGAUAAGAGCACUAGGAGCAUCUUUUGUUCUAUGGAGGUGACUGUUGGUGGUCUCCUGGAUGGGGGCUGGUCACUGGAAAGCCCAAGCCAUGAUUAAAAGUUUGGAAUUUUCAGCCCCACUCUCCAUCCUCCAGAGAGGGAAGAGGGGCUGGAAAUGGAGUUAAUAAUUGAUCAUUCCUGUGUGAGGGUACUUCCAUAAAAGCCCAAUAGUACAGGGUUCGGAGAGCUUCCAAGUGGAUGAACAUAUCCAAGUACAGGGAGAGUAACACACCCCAACUCCAUGGGGACAGGCCCCUAUGCUUGGGACCCUCCCAGACCUCACCCUAUGUAUUUCUUCAUCUGGCUGUUCAUCUGUAUCCUUUAUCCUUUAAUAAACUGGUAAAUAUAAGUAAGUGUUUCCCUGAGUUCUGUGACCGGCUCUAGCAAAUUAAUUGAACCCAAAGAGGGAGUUAUGGGAACCUAUUUGUAGCCAUGUUGGACAGAAGUUGUAGGUAGCCUGGGGACCUACUACUUGCAAUUGGCAUCUGAAGUGGAGUGGGAGUAGUUUGUGGGACUGAGCCCUGAACCUGUGGGAUCUGACUCUAUCUCCAGAUAGAUAGUGUUGAAAUUGAGUU